CUUAGCUCAGAAUCUAAUGUCUAUGGCUGAAGGGGAGACUCAUGGUGACCCAGAGACUGGAGGGAUUGAAAGAACUUUAGCUGACCCGAAGCUUGAAUUCGCUCUUGCGUGCAAGGAUCUCCUGUCUGCUGCUCGUGAUCGAAAGCUGAAUACGUUUGUGCAGGUCUCAGUGGCACAUCCUACAGAGCAAAGUUUAACCAGAUAUGCGAACACCGAAGUAGUAGAGGGAACAAGAGACCCACUGUUUUUGACUGGUGUGACGUUUCCCUCGGAGUAUCCCAUCUAUGAGGAAACCAAAAUAAAACUAACGGUGUAUGAUGUCAAGGAGAAGUCUCAAGAAACCGUACUUCCAGAAACCACUGAGCCAAGAACAAACACUGGGAAAAGUCUCCUGGGCUGCAGCACUUUUCAAGUAAAAGAUCUGACAAAAUCAAAGGAGCAACAGCUGUCUCUUAAUCUCAAAACCUUAAAUGGUGGAAAGAAGAUUGGUAAUAUUGAAGUUAGUCUGAUGAAGAUGGGGGAGAUACAGAAUGGUGAAGCAGACCACAUCACGACAGACACACAAGGACAAAAGUGUGCUUUAGUUUGUGAAUGCUCAUCGCCCGAAGUUAUCAGUGGGAAGGACAAUCUACCUUUGUUUAAUACAGUGCUAAAGAAUCCCAUCUAUAAGUUUUAUAGAUUCCCUUCAUCUGACAGCAAGUGGAUAUGUGUCCGGGAGCAGAUGUCAGAGAGUAGUAUGUCUUUUCAUAUCCCAAAGCAACUGCUUACUCUCUACUUAAAAGAAGACACCAGAAGAAUUGAAGAGCUGAAAGAGUUGGGUGAUUUGUCACCUCACUGGGACAACUUGCGUCGAAGCGUCAUCACCCAUUAUGAGGAAAUGGUGUCGGUCUACCAAGAAAACCUUGCAGAGUUAGAGAAAUACACAGGGCCUUCUUUCAAAUCCAGCUGUAGUAAAGGCGAAAAAAGUUUAGAGUUUGUUCCAAUUAAUCUACAUUUGCAAAGAAUGCGUGUGCACAGUCAAAAGUUGAAAGAUGCCCUGUAUGAUGUCAUAACCAUUGGUGCCCCUGCAGCACACUCUCAGGGAUUUAAGAAUGGGGGUCUCAGAAGAUUGCUUAGUAGAUUUGAGACAGAAAAGAAAAACACUGGGUACCAAUGUAUUUACUAUUCACCUGAGAAAACAGCCAAGGCAAAGGAAAUUCUUAGUAGUAUUCAUCACCUUCAACCUCUUAUGUCAAGCCAUACAGACCUCCUGCUUAAUUCAGCCAGACAGCACUCUGCGGAAAGUCUAAAGAGUUCUUUAAAGAUUCUCACAGAAACGACAGAGUUAUUUGUUCAUUCAUUUAAGGACCAAUUAGUGAGCAAUGCUCUUUUGGCUUUAUACACAGCCAGACCGGGUUGUGCCAAUAAGAAACUUACAGAGCCACAAAACGACACAGAUACAAAUGAGUCACAGGACCAAGAACAUGCACACCAAAUAACACGGCAAGAUUCGAUACCUCACCAUUCCGAAUAUGAUGAAGAAGAAUGGGAUAGGGUGUGGGCCAACGUAGGGAAGAGUUUACACUGCAUUAUUGCUAUGACGGACAGACUACUUGAACAAAGCAACAGCACAAAUGGGGACAGAACGGAUGCUUCUGCUUCGGAUCUCAUCACAUCGCACAUAAAUGACGACUGGCACGAACAGCUAUACCCUCUGAUAAUUACACUGAAAGACUGCGUGGAAGAAGUGGUUGAUAGAGCAAAGAAAUCAAUGACGUUUGUGGUUUUUCAAGAGUUGGCAUGUGGUUUGCCACAGUGCUUGAGGCUCACCUUUAGACGAGACAUGGUUUUCAGCCAAGCUCUUUCUGGGUUAGUCUGUGGAUUUCUAAUCAAGCUACAUUCAAGUUUACACAGUCAAAGCUUUUUACAGCAGCUUCAUACCGUGGGCUUACUUGUGCAAUAUGAGGGUCUGCUGAGCACAUACAGUGAAGAAGUUGGAAUGCUGGAAGAUAUGGCUGUCGGUAUUUCAGAUUUAAGGCAUGUUUCGUUUAAGAUAACAGAAGCCACAUCUGAUGAUUAUCUGCCUGUUCUUACAGGAAGACGUGAGCACUAUGUGGUGGAGGUCAAACUUCCCACUAAAAUGUUUGAGCUGCUACCACAAGGAAUUAAAGAUGGCAAGCUUCUCUGUGUUUACCCAGUAUUUUUUAAUGUUGGAAUUAACGAACAGCAAACAAUUGCAGAAAGGUUUGGAGACACCUCUUUGCAAGAAAGCAUUAAUCAAGAGAAUGUUGAACAUUUAAACGAAUAUUAUAGGCUGUGUGUAGAUAAAGCAGCUCCAGACUGUCUUCAGUUAUUCCAAGAACAAAAUGACUUGAAAGAGCUUCUUGAAAACCUUCACCAAAACACUCAAGCCAAAAAGAGGAAAAAUGUUGAAAUCAUGUGGUUAGCAGCUACUAUUUGCCGUAAAAUGAAUGGCGUUCGAUUCACCUGUUGCAAAAGUGCCAAGGACAGAACAUCCAUGUCGGUGACAUUGGAGCAAUGCUCAAUUCUUAGAGAUGAACAUGAUCUCCAUAAAGAAUUCUUUGUCCGAGCCCUUGACUGUAUGAGAAGAGAAGGAUGUCGCAUAGAGAAUGUGCUGAAGAAUAUGAAUUGCAGGAAAUAUGCAUUCAACAUGAUACAGCUGCUGACUUUCCCAAAGUACUACAGACCUCCUGAUGGGACAUACGGAAAAAUUCAUAAUUAAAUCAUAGGACAUGGUUACAUAUUGUCACAAGUAGUGGGCUAUAUUUUAUGGACAAUACAACAUAUUACCAAUGUUUCACAGUAGCUAAACCAAAAUUAUUAAAGUAUAGAUUUUAUCCUAUUGCAGUUCAGAAAGAGUUACAUUUAGAUAUUUGCCUAGUAAAUUAUUGCUUAAGUUUACAUUUCUUCUUAAAGCAAGAAAAUUAUAUUGUAGUUAUUAGUAAUUGUUAGUAAUUAAUAUUAAUGGUAAUUUUAGUUCUACUACUUAUUUAGGGGUAAGACAGGACAGCAAACAUUGUUUAUAACAUCAUAUGCAUUCAGUGAAUAGCACAAUACCAAUUGGCAACCAACUGUAUUCCUAACAUUUACUACACAGUUCUUAAAGUGGACCUGUCGUGGCUGAGAUAAUUGAACAUAGCAAAAGAUAAAUAAAUA